CAGUGUACAGAUAGAAAGGAGAGAGAGAGAUAAAGAGAGAGGUUCAUAACUACUCUGAAAGAAGAUUGAAGCACCAAAGACCAUACAAUGCAUUUCUCCAUCUAAGGUAAGAGGUCAAUGAAACAAUUAACAAAAAGUUGAAAGUUUCAUCUUUCUUUUUUUCUUUCUUUUCCAAGAAAAUUAUAAAAAGAUGGAUAGUAAAAGGGGAAUAGAAAAGCUUUUCUUCCCUUUAUGUGAGAAAAAAAAAUAAAGAUGAUUUCAGAAAACAAAGCUCCCUUUGUUUCUCUCUCUUAACUCAUCUUACUUUCUUCUUCUAUUAGUAAAGAUAGAUGAGUACUGAUCACUCUCUACCAAAUAAAUAAGGAAACAUAAAAAUAAAAAAAGAAACAAUCUCUCCUUUCUUUCUUUACAUGAAAAACAAAAGAUUCCUCAAUUUUGUUCUUAUUUUUCAUUAGUCACAGUUCCCCUUCUCACUAUAAACCACACUGUCUUUGAGAUAAAAAACAAAAAGAGAGAUUAAAAACCUCAUCCGAUGAUAGACUACGAGAGAAGCAAUAACACCAAGAACCUCAACAACCAUCAUCGUCGCAACCCUCCUCCGUCUUCAUCUUCCUCCGAUCUUCUUCCCGACGGUAAUGGAGCCGCCGUGACUCAGAAGAGGAAACGGAGACCCGCCGGGACACCAGAUCCAGAGGCGGAGGUGGUGUCUUUAUCACCAAGAACGUUACUAGAAUCGGAUCGGUACGUGUGUGAGAUCUGUAACCAAGGGUUUCAAAGGGACCAGAAUCUACAGAUGCACAGGAGACGGCAUAAAGUUCCAUGGAAGCUUCUUAAAAGAGAGACCAACGAGGAAGUGAGGAAGAGAGUCUACGUCUGUCCGGAACCGACAUGUCUCCACCACAACCCUUGCCACGCGCUCGGAGAUCUCGUGGGAAUCAAGAAACAUUUCAGGAGAAAACACAGCAACCAUAAGCAAUGGAUCUGCGAGCGAUGCUCGAAAGGCUACGCUGUUCAAUCUGAUUACAAAGCUCAUCUCAAGACUUGUGGCACUCGUGGCCACUCCUGUGACUGCGGCCGUGUUUUUUCCAGAGUGGAGAGUUUCAUAGAGCACCAAGACAAUUGCACCGUUCGACGAUCCCAACCCUCCAACCACCGUUUACCACAGCAACAACAUACCACGAACGGUACACAGACUACUUUAACCGCUGAUAAGAGCGAAAACGCUGACCUCUCCAUUGGUCCUAUAUUGCCUGGACAUCCUUUACAAAGAAGACAAUCCCCACCGUCCGAUCAACAACCAUCCUCUUUGCUCUAUCCUUUUGGUUCCUUGUGCGCUACUAAUGGUAGCAUCGAGCUUCAGCUACUUCCGUCGAGGUAUAGUACUAAUGAGACCAGCCUUAGUCUGUCUAUAGGGACGUUGGAUCAGACGACUAUGUCAGAAGUUGAAAGGAAGAGCUACGAGAAGGGAGAGACGAGCCUAGAAAGAGAGGAGGCUAGAAGAGAAGUGAAAAGGCAGAUCGAAAUCGCGGAAUUGGAGUUUGCUGAAGCCAAGAGAAUAAGGCAACAUGCGAGAGCUGAGCUUCACAAGGCUCAGCUUUUUAGAGAAGACGCAAGCAGAAGGAUUAGUGCAACGAUGAUGCUAAUCACUUGCCACAAUUGCAAGCAACACUUCCAAACCCCGGCUGCUUCGGUUCCUCCUCCUUCCCAGCCGCAUUGUACUGAUGAGAGCACCUCUCUCGCGGUGAGCUACGUGUCUUCGGCGACUACCGAAGGAGAAAAGGCAAGUGAUAGAGCAUCGUCAUAGACCUUAAAGAGAGAACACAAAAGAUAAAGAAAAUAUUCUUCUUCUUCUUUCUUUUUUUUUUUGUUUCUUUGAUUGGAAUUGGAGAUCUUUUCAUAUUCGUUGGUUUUUUUUUAUAUAUCUCUUGGUUUGUGGGUAACCAGGGUUUGGGUAUUCAGUUGGGUUUGAUUUUUUUGUUUCUCAAACAAAACCGAAGAAGAGAAGAAUUUAAUUUGUUGUAUGAAUGAAUGUGUUGGGGUAUGUUGGUUGCUGGAUAUUGUAACUUGGUUAAUGUAAUAAACGGGUAACUCAAAACA